UCGAGGCGGAUAUCCGCUCUCUUUCCAGUGGCGGACCUGAGCCGCGUCAGUCCCGCAAAAUGAAGCUGAACAUCUCUUUCCCGGCCACUGGCUGCCAGAAGCUUAUCGAGGUCGACGAUGAGCGCAAGCUGCGCACCUUCUACGAGAAGCGCAUGGCCACGGAGGUGGCCGCCGACCCUCUGGGCGAGGAGUGGAAGGGUUACGUGGUGCGCAUCAGCGGAGGCAACGACAAGCAGGGCUUCCCCAUGAAGCAGGGCGUUCUGACCCACGGGCGCGUCCGCCUGCUGCUCAGCAAGGGCCACUCCUGCUACCGCCCCCGCCGGACCGGAGAGCGCAAGCGCAAGUCCGUCCGCGGCUGCAUCGUCGACGCCAACCUCAGCGUGCUCAACUUGGUCAUCAUCAAGAAAGGCGAGAAGGACAUCCCCGGGCUGACUGACAGCACCGUCCCUCGCCGCCUGGGUCCCAAGCGGGCCAGCAAGAUCCGCAAGCUCUUCAACCUGUCCAAGGAGGACGACGUCAGGCAGUAUGUUGUGAGGAGGCCCUUGACUAAAGAAGGCAAGAAGCCCAGGACCAAGGCCCCCAAGAUCCAGCGGCUGGUGACGCCCCGCGUGCUGCAGCACAAGCGCCGGCGCAUCGCCCUGAAGAAGCAGCGCACCCAGAAGAACAAGGAGGAGGCGUCCGAGUACGCCAAGCUGCUGGCCAAGAGGAUGAAGGAGGCCAAGGAGAAGCGCCAGGAACAGAUCGCAAAGAGACGCCGCCUUUCAUCGCUGAGAGCCUCCACAUCCAAGUCCGAAUCCAGCCAGAAGUAGAGUCCUCAACAUGUAAAGAAGCGCCAUUAAAAACCCGGUUUUCGUCAACGACUA